UCAGUCGAGGGGUACGUAAUCAUAGGGACAAAUAUACACGAGGAGGCUACGGAGGAGGACCUGUUUGACUUCUUUUCAGAGUAUGGCGCUGUGAAGUCGAUCCAUUUGAACUUGGAUAGACAGACAGGCUACGUGAAGGGUUAUGUCUUUGUUGUGUUUGGACAGCUGGACGAGGCGAAGAGGGCGCUAGAGCAAGGGAACGGUGAAGAUAUCCUCGGUAGGAAGAUCAGCCUUGAGUAUGCCAUUGUUGACGGUGGGGAGGAUGACCAAGCGCCGGGUUAUGGUGAUAGAAGAAGGGAGAGAAGCCCCAGUAGGUAUGGCGAUUUGAUGGGUUAG